AUGGCGAUCCUGAAGAGGCAUUCUUCCACCGACAGUGACAGCACCAAGACCUCCGCGGCGGCCAGAGAGAGUAGUGCCGUGGUGGUGGCCAGCCUGAGCGACGACAUGCUGGCGGAGAUCAUCCUCCGGCUGCCCGUCGACUCGGUGGCGCGGUCCAAGUGCGUGUCCAAGGCCUGGUGCGCCACCGUCUCCGACGGCUACUUCCGCCGCAGGCUCCCGCUGCAGCUGUCCGUGGUCUACUUCCCCGACAACGACGACGACGCCUCAUCCCGCGGCAAGGCGCUGCCACGGUUCGCGUGCGCGGGCUCCGCCGCCGGCGACGGCGCCGGCAUCGGCCUGCUCCGGGACCGCGACCUCGGCUUCUUCCCGUUCCUCGACGUCUCCGUCGUCUGCGACGCCUGCAACGGCCUGCUCCUGCUCCGCGCCGCCGGAACCAGAAGGUUCUACGUCGUGGACCCCGUCACGAGGGACUGGGCGGCGCUGCCGCCGCCGUCAAGGGACCCGCGCCUGUCCAUGCUCGCCUUCGACCCGUCCUCCGGCUCCCCGCGCCGCCGCGGCUACCACGUGGUCAACUUCACCGGCCGGUGGCACGACCGCGGGGGCGAGGUGGAGGUGUUCUCGUCGGAGACGCGGGCGUGGGCGCUGCGCGACGCCGAGUUCGGCGUGCCCGCGGCCUCGCUCUCGGGCUCCGUGCACUUCCACGCCGGCGCCGUCUACGUCCCAGCCUCCGACCCGGACUGCGUCGUGCGCAUGGACGUCGCCGCCGCCGAAGCCGGCGGCCUCGCGUGCGCGGUCGCCGAGCUCCCCGAGCCCGCGGACGGCGGCGGCGGCGACGGCCGCCUCGCGCACUCCGCGGGGCGGCUGCACUACGUGGCCACCGACGGCGCGCUGCGGCUCAAGGUCUGGGUGCUCGACGGCGAGUCACCUGCUGCGCUCCAGUGGCGGCUGAAGCACGCCGUCAAGCUCGGCGAUGUCGUGGAGCUGAGGGGAGAGUGCGGCGGCAGGGGAAGCGAGGCCAGGUUCCUGGCGUUCCACCCGGAGAAGGACGCCGUGUACGUGUGGUCGGCGGGGAAGCUCCAGCUCCUGGAGUAUGACCUGACGAGGAAGGAGGUCACCGGAGCGUGGGCGUUCGGCGAGGGCCAGAAGAAUCGUGUCGUCAAGACGUGGCUUGUCCCGUCGUCGAUGUACCUCUCGGACCGUCUGCCCCUGGCUGACGGUGCUCACGUGCAGCAGUGCUAA